CCCGUCGUUUAUAGGUUUCAGACCUUCAGUUUUCCAAUCGAAUUCCUCUUUUGCUUGUUUCCCAUGGCAACCAUGAAACUGAGAAUAAGAUCCCUCGAAUCCAAACAGACCCUGAAAAUCGAAAUACCCACUCCCUCUACUCUCCAACAACUCAAGCAAACCCUAUCUCAAUCAAUCUCGUCUUCCUCUUCCUCUUCUAUCCAUCUCUCCCUCAAUCGCAAGGACGAGCUCCACGCGUCCUCACCCGAAGCGUCCCUCCAGUCCCUCGGUAUCACCUCCGGUGACCUUAUCUUCUUCACCCUCAACCCCACUGGCUUCUCCUCCUCUUCGCAAAUCCUAACGCCCAAUUCCAAUUCCAAUUCCGUACAACAACCUCCUCAAACCUUGGCUCCAAAUUUCCCAAAUCUAGAAAACCCAUCUGAAAUUCCUCGAGAAUCUAAAACCCUAGAACAAAUUCAUUCACAUCAAUACACCCCAAUUGGAGAUUUGUCCGUACAAGGGCCUGAGAUUGCAGACUCCGAUAUGAGCGAUUCGAAGAGUUUUCAGGAACAGGACGAGUCUGUAGUUGUUUUGAAUUCGGAAAACGAAGGAACCCUAGAAUUUUCCGGUGCUGAAACGAUGGGGGUGGAUGAUGGGUCGGUUUCAAUGGGGAAGAAGUUUUCGGAGCGUUGUUUUCUGAGGAGGGUGCUGAGCAAGGAGCUAGGCGACUAUGGUGGUGACCUCGCGCUGUUGGUGAUUGCGGUUCACGCGGUUUUUUUGGAGUCCGGUUUCGUCGGAUUCGAUUCGGUCUCGGGCAUGCGGGUCGACCGGUUCCACCUUGCGGAUGAGUGGCCUUCGAAGGCUUUCACGGUGUCGCUCUGGUAUACUCUGCCUGAGCUUCUAGGACAUGGCUAUAGUAAUUUUGGUAAUGUGGUUGAAAAUGUUGUUUUGAAGUUUCAGAGUUUAGGGCACUUCGUCGUGAUCCAUGGGUCUUUGGCUAAGGGCGGGUCGGGGUUGUAUCGAGUGCGUUUGAAUAAGAAUCGGUUUGUGCCGGCGAUCAGUUUAGCUAAUAGUGACUCGGUUGAUAGCAUUAGCGAAGAAAAUGGGUACCCGGAAAGUGAGAUUUUUGAGUUUUGGAAGAUCGUGAAGGAUGGGCUCGUAUUGCCACUUUUGAUUGAUCUUUGUGAAAAGACUGGUCUCUGCCCUCCACCGUGCUUUAUGCGCCUUCCCGCGGAUCUUAAACUUAAGAUUUUGGAAUCUCUUCAGGGUGUCGAUCUCGCGAGGGUGGGAUGUGUGUGUUCCGAAUUGAAUUAUUUGUCUUCAAAUAAUGGGUUGUGGAAACGGAAAUUUGAUGAGGAAUUUGGACGAGCGGCGGGAGCGGAGGGAUUUGUUCAAUGGAAGGCUAGGUUUGCUUUGUCUUGGGAGAGCAGGAAGAAGAGGAUGAUUAAACUUGGCCGGCAGAUAGUGUUUCGUCCGAGGCCUGUUUUCUUCCAUGAGAAUCCAUUUGGCGCUCCUAUGGUGGGCGGAGAUCAUGACCGAAUGCCGGGUCUUGGCGUAGCUUCUCCAUUCGGAACAUCUAGAGGGGUUCAGCGGCUUCGACCACCACGGCUGUACUUAACGCCCUAUUGCCGUCUAGGAGGAUCCAAUGUCUAGUGGUCCGGUGCUGCAACUGAAUCCUGGGAUUUAGCCAAAAGUCUUUUUUAUGUAUAUAAAUAAGUCUCACGUUCGACAUACCAAUAGAAUGAGGGGUCACAGGAGGACAGUAUGCUUUGAAAGUUUCUGCUGGUUUUGACGUUUACAGGGAGGAGCUCAGGUUUCGUUAUUGUGGGUAGCGUUAAUGACUUUUGGAAGAAUUGAAGUUGUGUUUCUUAGUAGUGGUAUUUUUAAGUGCAGUUUUGUUCUAGUUUACAGGUACAUUUGGUGUAGUGAUUUUUUUUUUUUGGUCAUAAUUUUCUUGUUUUUCUGCUAUCAAAUUGAUUAUUGAGCUUGAUUCUGUUAAAAUAGAAGUUUUACCCACUUAAAAAAAAGGUUUUUACCAAAUGGGUUUGGUUGAACUGACAAGAUUAUAUGCUUUUUAAUACUGGGUAGUGAAAAUAAAGAAAAACAAGAAGGAUUCGAGGUUAUUUUAGUAGUGAAAACCUUAAACCGUUAUGGCUGUUGCUAAUGAAUGAGGCCAUUGCACUCACUUAUUGAGAGCUCAGCGUGUGCUUUGUUCAAGGUUUUGGUAAUUUUUAUUGGAAAUUUGAGGAGACCCAUUAACGAGGUAAUUCCCUACUGAAGAAGAAGCUAUCUGAAGCGGCGGGGAGGGAGGUAGUUUUAUGGUUCAUCGAAGAAAAAGCAAAUGACAUUAUAAACAGGCUUGUGUGGUGCAGCCCAAAUCAGAAAUGGACCUCCAGUUCGAAUCAACCAAGCUGAGCACCCCUUGCGGUUUUGUUAGUGCGAUAGUCGUAUGUGUUACAACUUUUGGAACAAUAGCUCUUCUUAAAACCUGAUGCUACAUUUGAUGGUUACCUAGCUGAUAUUGUGCCUCUGUUUGCUGGCUUCAUUUCCAUUUUGGGAGAUUAUGAGAUCCAAUAUUGAAGACUAAUCAGAGAGAUGAAAGAUAUGGUAGUGCGAAAUUGCAAAGUUCUUCUACUACUUUUAUGUUGUAUCUUGCUAAAAGAGAUGGCCACCAGGGUAACAGAAGCUCGAUAUGGUGUCAAACUUGGCCCAUCUUUUCUUGUGCCAUUCAAUUGGACGGUGUUCCUGGGAGUGAUGAAUAACUAUGAAUCUUUGCUUCCAAAUAACAGAGCUCUUUUUGAUAUUCCAGUGGCACACACGGCUAUUACAUGUUUGACAUCUCUUGUGCACGCACGGCUAUUGUAGCUGAUGGCAGCUUCAAUGGUGACGACAAUGCUUUGUAAGUUUUCUAAAGUGCCUUUCCUUUCUGAAAGGGAAUAGAAGACAUACUUAUCAAAAAGAAAGAGAAUAGAAGACAUAAUGUAUUAUCCACAAGCAAUCUUUGCAGCCC